CCGCCGGCCGAGCCAGUUAGUCGGAUCUUUCUAGAGAUUGACGCAAAGCCACCUCCGGCAGCAGCAGUUAAAGAGUCAGUUACACUUCCAAGAUCGAUCGAGUGCAGUGAGAGUGUGCUAUUAGAAGGCAGUUGGCAUCAGAAUCGGCAGAAUCGGCAGUUGGUCGGAGGAGUUUUCCCGCGCGUAGAUCUCCACACAAUGGAACCGAUCUGUCGUCUCUGCAUGGAAGCCAGCCAUCUCAACCAGUCCAUGACGGACGAAACCAUCCUCACGAUGGUGGAAGAUUGCGUUCAGAUAAAGGUUAACCCGGAAAAGGAUCUACUUCCGGUGGAGAUUUGCGACGAUUGCUACUACAAAAUCAAAGACUUUUCCGAGUUUAAGGAAAACUGCCACUCCAUCCAGGAGAUGCUGCGCAAAGAGAUCGAACAGAGCCGGCACCAACAAGCGGAGGUUGAAGUGCUGGACCUGCUGGUGGACACCAUUUCGAGCACUUCGCAGGAGGAAAUAAUCCAGGAGGCCCUACUGCUGAGCGAUAUCAACUUUGACGACCUGUUGGAUGAUGUCGGGGAUGGGAAUAACAACCUGGACAUUCCGCUGUUUGAGGGUACAAUCGUUGAAGAACAACAGCCUGUGGAAGGUCCAGAGGUUGCGUAUGAAGUAAUAACCGAAACGAUUGUGCCGCAGCAGCAACAAAAAGACCAAGAAGAGGAAGUGGAGGAACCGGUGAAAAAGAAGCCCAAACGAUGCUACCGGAACGAGUACAUUGCGGCGCUGGUGGAGUGCGAAACGUGCGGCAAGGCUGUCCACAAAACGCUGAUCCCGGGUCACAUGAAUAUGCACAAAGGUAUCAAACCGUUCAAGUGUCCGCGGGAGGGCUGCCAGGCGGAGUUUCACUGUAAGCACAAAUUGAAGCGACACAUCGGCUACAAGCACGGCGAUGGCAGCAGCUUUCUGUGCGAUCAGUGCGACAAGGUGCUCGUGUCCAGCCUGGCCCUCUAUCAGCACAAGUUUACCGCGCAUCACCAGCGAGAACACAAAUGCAGCGAGUGUGACAGACGGUUUGGCACGGCUCACGGCCUCGAGCGCCACAUGCAGACCCACUCGCCCAACAGCCAAAAGUUCCGCUGUCCCCAGUGUCCGCAGACAUUCGCCCGGAAAACGGCCCUGGAGAUCCACGUGCGGAACCACGAAAAAAAUCGUCCGUACGUGUGCCUGGAGUGUAGCUGUGGAUACACCCAUCGGACGCUGCUCACCAAACACAUUCAGAUGAAACACCCGCAAUACUCGGCCCAGGUGGUCCUGCAACGGAUCGACACCAACGAACUGCCCAGCCUGGCGGACGCUUGCUGACGAGAUGAUUUGCUUAAUAUAUUUUUAUGUGUUAUUUUUUAAUUGUUUGAAAUUAUUUUGAUGAACAUCCUAAACAUGCGCGAGUAAAACUACAAUUUUUAAAGAUUUAAA